GACUAUGUAACAUACUAGAUACUAUGUAGUUAGAGGUAUGUUUCGUACCCAGCAACCAAGAGGAGGUAACACCCUAAAGUCAGCAUUUCCAGUCACGUCACAAGGAAAAGGCAUUUAGGCAGGUAAGGCGGGAUAUCUAGUAGGAUGGACACCAGAGUACUUAAAAGAGCUCUCCUCCCCGACUUCUUUCUUCCAUUAUUCAUCUAUUUAUCAGAUUAACUCUUGUCUGCUUCUUUGUCUCGACUACUCUACCUUUAACAACAAGGUAUCCUUUAGUCUACUGCAAGCCAGACUUCGGUAACAAAACACCUGCAGUAGCUUUAUCAAGCUACCUAGCUAAGCUACUUCAUCCCACUUGACAUCACCAUCAACAAAAAAAGCUCUUGGCCAACACCGGCAUCAUGAAGGAGGGAACGACCAUUCUCUACUCCACGGAGACCUUGGGCGACCGCGUCACCAAGUACGCCGAGUCCACAUCGCUCAAGAUUCCUCAGUCACUUUUGGCCUACCAUACCAAGAUCUACCAGCGCCCCGACUCCUUCCUGGUCAUCUCGAACUUUGAGGCACAGGCCUUGAUCUUUCUCUCGCGACUCAUGGGUGCUAAGAGAGGUGAGUUUAUCAUUCUUUUCAUCUAAUCCUUACCUUCGAUAGGGUAUAUUCAGGAUGAAAUCGAUAUACUAACAGAUGCAACUUAGUUCUUGAGAUCGGCGUCUUCGUCGGGUACUCGGCCAUGAUCUGGUCACACGCCGUCGGCCCGCGAGGCACGGUCACGGGCCUAGAGUACUCACAGGAGUAUGCCGACCUAGCGCAGCAGGCCUGGAAAGAAGGCGGCUUCGACAACAUCGGCGUGCACGUCGGCGACGCUUUUUUCUCCAGCCUCCCCAAGCUCGCCGACGUAAGCGAGCCCUACGACAUCAUCUUCAUCGACGCGGACAAGACGGGGUACCCGGGGUACCUGCGGCAGAUCCUGGCGAUGUCGGCGCCGGGCGCGGCGCGCCGCCUCCUCCGCGCCGGCGGCAUCAUCGCCACCGACAACGCGCUGCGCCAGGGCCUCGUCGCCGACGACAGCGCCGACAACCCGAACAGGCACGCGGGCUACAGCGACGCGAACAGCUUCGACCACAAGGCUGUCGCGGCGGUGCGCGAGUACAACAAGGCCGCGGCGGAGAACGCGCGGCUGGAGACGUUCAUGUGCCCGCUUUGGGAUGGGCUGAGCUUGGCGAGACUGGUGGACUAGGUAAGGGGUUGGUUUGUUUGUUUGGGAAUCUUGUCGUCUUGUAGUAACAGUAACGUCUUGUGAGGGACGAGAAGACACUCGUGGGUGGGUAACAGGCCUCCACGGCAUAUACAUAUACGAAUACUUGUACCUAGGUAGGUAGGUAUGCAGAGCAGAGCAGAGCAGAGCAGGUAGUGGAGAUGGAGAGGUUGGGUAGUAGGGACGACGGAACGGACGUCGCUUGCUUGCUUGCUUACUUACAUUUCCUUCAUGUCCCGAGCUUGGUAGCCAAUCAAACUUUACGAUCAUUUACAAAUUCCCCGAUACUUGAUUCUUUUUGAAAACAGAAAUAAAGAAAAAAAAAUAUCAUGUUGGUGACUAAACCAAAGAGCUGCGAAGGAGCUGCUGUGUUACCGAAUGGGUUCGUGAAGAAUCUUGGCAUCAAAGCCACAAAAAAAACAAAAAAAAAACAAAAGCAAAAUACUUGUAGUUGAACGAGACAGGGGUACGAUUCCUUCUU